AUGGCUUACCGGACCAACGACUUUGAGGAGCGUUUUUAUGACGACCGCCGACAGCGGGUUGACGUCCGCGUGAAAGAGCGCGAACGCGAACGCGAACGUGAAGGCGACCGCCUCCGUUUCUUGCGCGAGGAGCGUGCUCCUGAAUCAGGCGCUCUCGUCCUAAGCCGCCGAGAGGUUGAGUCGAGGGAGCUGUCGAGGCCCCGCCACCGCUCUCCGAGUCCUGUGUACCGCGAGCGGAUCGUCCGCAAAGCCCGCAGCUUGACACCUCCCCCGCGCGUCCACCAUGACCAGGAGCUUGAGCGCUCGAGGGUGCGCAUUUCUGAGCGCGAACGUGAGAUUCGCAGCCCAUCCCGUGGCCCUCCUCAAGAGAUCCGCGCUCGAUACGUUGAACGCCAAAGGUCGCCCUCUCCGCCGCCUCCGGCCAGGGAACGCAGCCGCGUAGGCGUGCGUAUCGUCGAGCGCGAGAGAGAAAAAGAGCGGGUGCCGUCUCCUUCGCCCUCGCCGCCGCCCCCGCCUCCCCAGCCUCAGGUCAUUCGCGGCCCCACGAUCGAGCGGGAGGUCAUCACCCACUACAGAGACAUUGAUCAUGGUGUCACCCGCGUGCCCAGCCCGCCCCCUCCUCCUCGUCCCGCUCCUCGGCCCAAGGUCCGUACCGAAGACCGGGAGCUGGACAUCGACAUCACCACGUCCCGCAGGGGAACCGACAUUGACAUUCACCGAUCUCACAGCCGCCACCGCUCCCCUAGCAGGGAGCGCAGGUCUCCCGCUUUCCAAGACAGAGAGAUUGUGCUGAGCACCGACCGCCUCCGGAUUGAUGACCAUUACCACAGCGGAUCGCGCCGCAGAGCCCACUCGGCGGCUGCACGGACGCCGAUCGAUGAGGAGUCGGAAUACAUCACCUCCAAGAUCGACUCGCGCGGCAAGAUGGGCGAGGCUUGGAACGGCGCUACCAAGGACUGGGCCAUCAUCGACGUCCCGCCCGGAACUGAGCGCGUCCGUAUGGACGGUGUGGGCGGUGGCUCUGCCGAGGUCACUUGGCAGCGUUACAACGGCGUGAGACGUGCCAAGUUCAUUCCCGAGCGAGACGGCGCUCCCAGCUCGGUCCCGGCCCCCGAGCCCUCGCCCCGAGACUCGCGGGACCGUCUCAGCCUCCAGCUGUAUGACCGGGAGACGGAGAUCGAGAUCGAGAAGACCAAGGACCGCGUCCCGGCCCGCCGCCAACCCUCGAAGCGCAAUGAGAUGUGGACAGAAAUCACCAAGGACCUUGUCACUCGCGACGCCAUUAUCGAGCUCGGCUACGAUUUUGAGGAGACCGAGUACUUCUUUUACAUCAUGCAAUACCUGAAAUAUGAUGACGUACUAGAGCUCGUCCAGGUGUCGGACGAAAUCCGCCGCUUCCGUAAGGAACGCGUCCGCGAGUACGAGAGGGAGUGGGUGCACGACGACUGGGACCGCCGGUCUCACCACCACCACCGCCACGCGCCAAGCAAGUACGACGACGAACGGGUUUACGAGCGCGAGGUCGUCUACGACAGCCAGCGGCCCCGUCGUUGGUAA